AUGGUGGCAGGCACCAGCAAAAUUAGAGAAAGAAGCCCGGAUCAUCCGGAAGAAGCAUUUGGAUGUCGAUGUUCUCGUAUCCAAGGUGGCUUCUUGAUACUUGUUAUUACAGCCAUGUUACUUUUCUACUAUGUGGACUUAUCAAAAGUGUCAGAAAUUUGGUCUGAGACUGUUCAGAUGAUAUUCAACACUACAAGAGCAAGUUCAAAUUCCUUCACCACUGCAUCUGCUGGAGAAUGGAUAUCUUCCUUCAUUCAAGAAAGUGAGAUACCAAGUGAACAAUGUACAAGUGAAAGUCCAUAUCUCGUGGCAUAUCCCUGUAAUUAUCAUUACAUUUUAAAUGAAUCAGAGAGGUGUCAGAACGACAAGCCCUUCUUAGUCUUGUUAGUACCCGUAGCACCAAACAACAGAGAAGCUCGGGAUGCUGUCCGUGCCACCUGGGGGUCUGAGAAGAUGGUUAUGGAUAAAGUGGUGAGCCUUUUCUUUUUGCUUGGUCAGCCUGGACAUGAAGGGAGAGAGGAGCUCCAACAGAAGAUCUUUCAAGAGAGUGAGGAACACCAUGACAUUAUUCAGAGUGAUUUCCUGGACAGCUAUAAAAACCUCACCAUCAAAACUAUGGUGACUAUGGAAUGGUUGGCAACCUACUGCCAAAAUGCUACAUACGCUAUGAAAAUUGAUUCUGACAUGUUCCUAAACCUGGAUGUUUUAAUGAAUGUGCUUCUCCAAGCGCCCAGGGAGAACUAUAUGACAGGACUUGUGACCAAGGGUGCUGUUGUUCUCAGAAACCCCAACUCCAAAUGGUAUCUGCCAAAACAUGUGUUUCCUGAAGACUUUUAUCCACCUUACGCUCUGGGCUUGGGCUAUGUGCUCUCCAUGGACCUUCCUAACAAGCUCAUUGAAGGAGCGAAGCAUGUCAAAGGUAUCUACAUUGAAGAUGUAUUUUUAGGACUGUGUAUGAGGUAUCUAGAAAUACCUUUCACCAGUCCAGAUGAUCAGAGCCUCUUUAAUGUCUUCCCUGUUCCUUACGACCGCUGUCGUUAUUCAAAACUCAUUGCUACAACAACAAAUAGCCUGGAGGAACAAGUGAAUUCUUGGAAAGACCUUAAGAAACCAGGUCCACCUUGUUAA